AUGGAUAUUCAUGUUCUUCAAAGCCAGCCCGCCCAGAAGGUCGCGUUUAAAGACUCUUCCACGGUUCGUGUGGGUAAUAAACUUGUCCGCAAUAAGCCACCCACCCAGCCCUCUGCUAUGCGACCCAAGCAUUUGGUCCGCGGCGGGUUCCAGCCGCGCCUUCCGACUUCGCUGCCGCCCCCAGGGCAGCAGCAGCAGCCGUCGCCGCUACCACGCCGACAGCCCGUCCCGUUGAUGCCUCCCGCGCAGCUUCUUCCGGGAGCGCCCCAGGUGGUCGCUCCGGCGCCUGCGGUCCCUCUUCAGUCGCCACCGCCUUCGGAGCUGAUGGACGUCGACCCCUCAGCCGGGCCGCCUUCCCAAGCGGUGGCUGUGCAGCCUGUCCUGCAGCCGCUUUCCUUGGGCACCCCCAAGGAGUCUGACACCGCAGCGCCUUGUCCGGCGCCCACUCAGCAGCCGUCGACGCAGCGUCAGGAGACGCUGCCUCGAUUCGUGGGUCCCGCCGCCCCGUCGCGUCCAGUACCAGAAGCUGCGCCCGUGGUCACAGAGCCUGAAUCCAUCAAGAAAGUGUCUCCAGUGCACCUGACCAUUAGGAAAAGUCUUUGUGAUACUGUCACCUAG